UCAGCCUCUGUUGCGCGCCCGUCCAACGGCGCGACUUCCUUGAGAUUGACCGUCAAAGCUCCGCCGAGCAAACUCCGCCAGGCUACUUCGCGCUCGCAACUCGAGUCUCGCAUCCCGCCGAAUCCAUACACCGGAUCGGCGAGUGAAUCCGACGUCACCCCACGCGCUGCCGUGAAGAGAAACGCACGGUCGACGAGAAACCCCCGCCCGGUCGUUGAGCAAGACUCAGAUGAGGAAGAGAUAGACUCCGCCGACAACGACAUAGAUUCGGCCGACAACGAUCCAGACUCCGCCGACAACGAUAUAGACUCCGCCGACAACGACCCCGAUUCCGCCGAUGAUGACCCGGAUUCCGCCGACAACGAUCCAGAUUCUGCCGACGAGGAGGAUUUGGAGGGGGAAGAAGAUGACGAGGAUGAUCAAGAGGAUGAACCACACCCACCGCCUCCUAUCAUCAAGGAGGUGCGAUCAGCCGGACAAGCGAAACCAAACGUCACCGUCACGGCCCCUCUGGAAGGCCCGCUAAAGUCUGUUGAGGAGAAGGAAAUGGAGGAUGAGGACGAAGAGGAGGACGAGGAUGAUUUGUCCGAUCUGGGUUCCAACGACAAUGACGACAACGACGAAGAUGAAGAAGACGACAGCGACGAUGAUGACGAGGACAACGAGAAUUCACGCAGUGCGACUCCGGACUUGAGCAAAUUGACUCGCCGGCAGCGCGGAGUGUACGAGGAAGAAAUCGACCCCAAUCUUAUGGCCCUCUCCAAUGAAGCGCAGAAGAAGAAGCACCUCACCGCCGAAGAGCACGCAAUGCGCCGAGCGGAAAUGGCUCGGCGGCGUAAGAAUUUGUCCGAGAAGCGGAAUGAAGAGGAAAAGGCAUCCUUGCCUGCUAACGUUACAUUAUCGCAGAUGGACACCAUCAACAAACUCCUCAAGAAGCCCGCGCCGAAACGCCGCACGCGGGCCGAGAUCCUGGCCGCACAGCAUGCCGAUUCUACCGGGACUCCGGGCGCCGAGGAUGGCGAAGAGGAACGGCCGGACCCCUUGUUCGUGCGAUGGGUCAAUGCCAACGAUGGUAGUCGAGCUGGAAUUCCAGUGGAGUGGUUGGAGGGGCCCUUGGGUGAGUCGAUUGGAGUGGGCAGUUGGAAAGGGCAGGGCAGAGGGAGAAUGGUGGAGGAAGUCGCUUAG